AUGUCGGGUCGACCGAUUCCGCCAAUGCAUGGGCGUGGAUUACGCUGCUUCUUUAGUCGCUCGGUUGCUGCUCAACUUGUGGUUGAGGCUCAAGUAGGAAACCUCUUCGCUGACUACAGUGGCUGA